CUUAAGCACAAAAAACCAUAGCUUAGUUGGAAACAAAAAAAAUAAUUGCACUGAUUUUAUAUAUUCUAAAAUUAGUAUUUACAGUGAGGUGGAUAUUUGAGUGUAAGAAAGAGAGUUAGAAGAGAGAAAGAGAAGAGAGAGAGAGAGAGAGAAAGAUGGGAAGGGGAAGAGUGGAGUUGAAGAGAAUUGAGAACAAGAUCAACAGGCAAGUGACCUUCGCUAAACGAAGGAACGGGCUUUUGAAGAAAGCUUAUGAGCUUUCCGUUCUUUGUGAUGCUGAGGUUGCUCUCAUCAUCUUCUCCAAUAGAGGAAAGCUGUACGAGUUUUGCAGCAGUUCAAGCAUGCUCAAAACGCUAGAGAGAUACCAGAAAUGCAACUAUGGAGCGCCUGAGGCUAAUGUGUCAACAAGGGAAGCCUUGGUAUUGGAGUUAAGCAGUCAACAGGAAUAUUUGAAGCUGAAGGCUCGUUAUGAAGCUCUACAACGUUCUCAGAGGAAUCUUAUGGGAGAAGAUCUUGGCCCUCUAAGCAGCAAAGAGCUCGAGUCACUUGAAAGGCAGCUAGAUUCGUCUUUGAAGCAAAUCAGAUCAACAAGGACCCAAUUCAUGCUGGAUCAGCUCACUGAUCUUCAACGUAAGGAACACUUGCUAAGUGAGGCAAACAGAGCUCUCAGACAAAGGCUAGAAGGGUAUCAAAUAAAUCCACUCCAACUGAAUCUUAGUGCAGAAGAUAUGGGAUAUGGCCGACAUCCAGGUCAAACCCACCAGGGUGAUGCUCUCUUUCAACCAUUGGAGUGUGAGCCAACGUUACAAAUUGGAUAUCAGCAUGAUCCAGUAUCAGUGGUGACUGCAGGCCCAAGCAUGAAUAAUUACAUGGCAGGAUGGUUACCAUGA